AUGGCUGCUCAUCUCAUCGUUCUUCUCCUCUUCAGUGUGCUCAAAGGAGUUCACAGCAUAACUACAGUCAGUAAAGUAUCAGUUGAAGCUGGAAAAUCUAUCUCCAUCCCAUGUCUCUAUGAGUCACAAUAUAUAGACCAUGUGAAGUACUUGUGUGAAGGAUAUAUAUGGGACUUCUGCAGAUAUGUAGUAAAAUCGAAUGAAGCAGACCCUUUAGGAAAAUAUUUAAUCUCUGAUGACAAAAACCAGAAAAUUUUCACCGUUAUUAUAAACGAGCUGACAGAUAAAAACACUGAUUACUGGUGUGUGGUGGAGAUUGAUAAUGGACCGGAUUAUGGACAGUAUUUUCAACUGUUAUUUAUCAGUGGUACCCCUAGUGUCUACGUCGAUCAUCAGAGGAUUACAGGAUAUAUUGGAGAAAGCAUAACCAUCAGAUGUCACCACAGUAACUCUGGAGCAAUGAAGUGGUGCAGGCUGGACAGGAACUGUGUGACAGGAUCAUUUGGAUCCACAGAUAGAACAACAGUGACCACUUAUAUGAGAGAACAAAAUGUUUUCACAGUGACCAUGAGUGGACUAAAGUCAGAGGACAGUGGCUGGUAUUGGUGUGCUGAAGGGGACAUUCAGAUACCAGUUUAUUUAAAUAUUACAGAGAAGCCAAUUACUAGUACUACUACUGCAG